AAAAAUAAUCGCGAAAGUUUGCUUGAUUGUAGGAGCGAAUCGCAUUAAUUAUUUGUGAUUGACUUAAAAUCUUUUAAUUAACAAUCAUCAGUAGAAAACUUGAGUGAGAAAAGACAGGAACACUGACGACUCAUGUUUUUUUUACUUCACUUUAAAAGCAGCAGUUGCCAUUAAUUUUUGAUGAAGAAAAUUCAGUAUUUUAAUAUAGAACUCACAAAAUUAGAGGUAAAGAUGAGCGCAACGUAGAUGUUGUCUUGUCAUUUUUCCAAAUUUUCAACAUUUUCCACCAUCUUGAAUAUUUUAAAUAAAGUUGUCGGCAUAGGUGGUCAGCGAGCCUAACUUAGUGUAACAUUUAUAUUUGAUUCUAAUUAGGUAACUGAAAGCUUCUUUCUUCGCUUUUGACAAUUAACUUUCUUCUACAUUUUUUUGAAUUUUGGAACUUGAAUUUAACACUGUAAAGAUAAGAACGAAUUUCGAACCAAUGUCGCUAUUUGAUGCAACUGUGAAGCAAGUCGUUAAAGACAUUUCUGAUCAUACUUUACUUCCUGUUCGCGGUCGUGCCUCGUCAGAUUACUGUAAGAUUCUAUCGCUUGUCGAGCGCAAGACUCGAAAAUGGCACUUACCUUGGAAAUCCGCAUACAAAUACGUUCCCACGAAACUGACGCUCAAUGAUAUUUUGCUUGAGCAGGUUGUAGAUGUAGAAGAUCUUAAAAAGUCAUCAGUACUACUGCAAAAUUACCACAGCUCACCUAGAUACCAUAAGUCUGGGAAAAUGGAAAGAUCGCCAAUGAGUUUGAUGUUGAUUUGAGCAUAGUUGAAACCAUGGACAUCUCUGAAGCUAGGUAAUGUUACCAAGCAGGAGGUUGUCUGGCAAAAACUGUAUGAUGCCACAAAUGGUAAACAGGUUAGGCCGGACCAUCCACUAGUGAAAUCUAUAAGAAAACGUCCAACGAAGAGCUUGUUCUUGAUUGGUUUGAUUGUGACAUCUGGAGUUGUUGCUCAAGAUGAUGUCAAUACCAUGGUCAGUGGUGAACUAGAUGUUGGCACCGCACAACUCUCCCUAAAUUUAAACAGCUCUGUUUCAUCUGAUUCAAAGCAACACAAGCAGUAUACAAUACCACGUGGUACGACCCUCGCCUAUAUAUGUUACAAAAUCAAACUUGAUAAAAAUCUGCUGCGUUUACAACUUGCGGAAGACAUCACUGAUGCUCCUCCACCACAGCAUGAAAGCAGAAUAUUCAGCGAGAAAGCAGUCCAAAGUGCCUUGCAUCAUCUACUUUCUAGUGAUGUUAGCAAUGAUGUUAUAUUGAUGUUGAGAAAAAUCCUAAAAAAUGAUCCUUCGUGUGCAUCUAAACUAAAUGAUGUGAUUGAAGAUUUCUUUGAUCAUUUGGAAGGAGAAGAUGUGUCGUGUAAGGUCACAGUUCAACAUCUGGAGAAAUUAUUUUCUGACCAAGUGUAUAAGGAUUGCUGUGCUUUGUUAGAAAAAGUGGGAUUCGGCAUUUACAAAGAGAGAAAUGAAGUCAUUUUUUCAGGAAAAGAGGAGCUUUUGAAAAGCUUAUGUGCCCUGUUGGAGUGCCUUUCUAAAAUGAGUAAAUAUCAGAUUCUUGCCCUGGUGGAUUGUGACAUCACUCACAGACAAGCCAUCAUAACAAUUAUGAAAAUUGCGAUGAAGCUGACAGAUGGAUUGGACGAAAAGCAUGUGGAACCAGACCCUGUCGCCACAAAAUUUCUCACAGCAAUUGGUGUGAAAACGGAAAUUUCAAAUGGUUUUUCUGUUCAAUACUUACCGAAAAACCAGUCUGUCAUGAACCUCAGAAAUAUUACAGUGGCAGUAUAUGGAAUGUGCUAAGUAUGAUUUAUUACUUGAGAAAGUCUUUUUGCUCUUGGCCUGUAAAUGUCAGUUUGUGUACUGUGAUAUAUAAAUCUUAUAAAAUGCACUAGUUUAUUUUUGUAGUUGUACAUAUAGCAUAUAUAGAAUACAAAAUAAAGCGCACCUUGUUGUACCAUUAUUCACAAUAAGUAAUACAACUCUAAGAGUUUGACAUAUUCGCAAUUGAAAUACACUUUAAGCUUUUACCAUUUUA